GCGUGGGCCUAUACUUGCCUGGCCAGUACUGAAGCUCAACCUAACUCCUUGGUUAUGGUUAACUUGCUGCAAAGCUUCUUUGCACGAAUUUCUGGCAGCAGUUUCAGAACCCCCCUCAUCAAAAAUUUAACUGCACGCAAGCAUUUGCCCAAUAUGGCAGGCAAAGAAAGCCCUCUAGUAUGGAUUGACUGCGAGAUGACGGGUCUCAACCCAGACUCGGAGGAGAUUAUCGAAAUAUUCUGCCUCGUCACGGACGGUGACCUGAACCUCAAGGACGAAGAGGGCUGGGGCACGGUGGUUCACCAGACGCAGGAACGCAUGGACAAGAUGGAUGAGUGGUGCACCAAGCAGCACGGCGGCAGCGGUCUCACGGCGCGGGUGGUGGGCUCGACCACGACGCCCGAGGAGGCUGCGGACGGCCUGCUGGCCUACAUCAAGAAGCACGUUCCCCACGCCGGGGUGGCGCUCCUGGCGGGCAGCAGCGUCCACCACGACAGGGCGUUCCUGCGACGGGCGCCGUACAACCGCGUGACGGACCAUCUGCACUACAGAAUCCUCGACGUCAGCUCCAUCAAGGAGGCAGCCAAGAGGUGGGCGCCCAAGGUGGCCAAGAAGGUGCCGAAUAAAAAGGGAACGCAUCUCGCCAGGGAUGACAUUUUGGAGAGCAUCGAGGAGGCGAAAUACUACCGGGAGGGGUUGUUUGCAAAGGCCUUGCAGGUGGACGAGUUGGAGAAGAAAAUUGCAGAGUAUGAAAAGAGGUUCGCAAAGGAAUCCAAGAAAAAUACAAAGAAGGCUGCGGCGGCGGCGGAAAAGAAUGAAAAUUAGGUAAGUUGGUAAAAAGCUGCUGCUUUUGCGCAAUUCUCUUCUCAGUUAAUUUGUUGAGUCGAGAAACUGUAAAAAAAAAAAAAAAAAGCAACAAAUGAAUAAGCACUGGUAGCAUUCCCCUCGCCCCAGCACCCGUCAAAGUAAGUAAAAUUGCAGCCAG